GUUGGUGAUGAAAAUGAAAAGUGAUGUAUAACGAGUGACGAAUACCAUAAUACUAUGAAUAAUUGUUUCACUAGGAAGAUCAACAGUGUAGUAUUCAACCAAAUGGACCUGUAAUGCUAACAAGCUUGUAAAUAUUGUACUUUACAGAAGUUGUUAUACAACUAAUUAAGUGUUUAACACAACUCAUUAAGUCAUUCAAGUCAUUUGUCAGAAUAACUAAACGUCUUUUUUAAACGAAGCACAAUUGGACAUUUACAUAGUUAUCAGUGUAGUUAUUAUAAUAGAAAUUAUCAGUUUUUAAAAGUUUGUUUAAAUACGCUCUAAUAUAUAUUUCUAUUUUUAUUUAUUUUGAGCAAUUGUUAUUAUUAAUUCCGAAAAUUUGGUGGUACAUAAGUUUUAGUUUAACUUCAAUAAUCCACAAAGUCCUUAAUUUUUUUUUAGGUGCAUGGACGACACAAAAUUAAACAAAUAUAAUGCAGUCCCAAUUAGUUACAACUCCACGAAAACUACCAGUGUUUGUAUUUCCUCAAAGUAUCACUUUUUUUUUAGACGAUCAGUCUACUCACAAACAAGUCUUAACUUUGUAUAACCCAUAUGAUUUUCCAAUAAGAUUUAAAGUAUUAUGUACUGCACCAAAUAAAUAUAAAGUUGUUGAGCCUGAAGGAACAAUAAAAGCAAGAUAUUGUAUUGAUAUUGUUGUCAGACAUACAGCACUUGUGUUUAGUAAUUGUAAUGUUGUUGAUAAAUUUAGAAUACAAAUGCAAGAACAUCCAACUAAACAGGCCAUAGGACAAAGAGAUGUUGAAGCUAAAUUACUUCCUGGCACAACAGAAGCAGCUGGAAGAUCUACACCAGAUCCUGAAAUGUUUCAACAGCUUCCCAUAAAUGAAACCAGGCAGCAACAAUCAUAUGCUCUUAUAGCUCAAAAUAAAGCCAUUGAUAAAUACACACUGAAACCACCAAGAUCAAAACAUGAUUUAUUUCGUGGAAAUAUUCAAAAUAAGAACACAGAAAUUUACUUAUCUUCAGAUAUGAAUUAUGUUAUGGAUAAAGGAGGGACAAAUUAUGUAGCACUGAUUGCUGGAAUCAUUUGCAUAGUUGGAUUGCUCUUACCUACAGAAGGAGAGCAGAAUAAUAGAGUGCCUGAUUAUCUUCAUCUCUCCGUAAACUUUAAAUUAAUAUUUUCAUUUGUAUUGGGUAUGGUUACAAUUAUUAUUUUAAGGUUGUAAUUUCUGUCUUUAUAUAUACAAAAAAGCUUUAUAUAAUAAUUAGAAUCAUGAAAUAAAAGCACAAUUAAUGUUAGGUUUCCUUGGCAUUGGGCCUCAUUUUUUUUACUUAAUAUACCUGAUUCUAGUCUAAACAUAACAAAUCAUGACGAUAUAUUGUCGCUAACGGAAAUAUUUAUUGACAUAUAUAAAAUCUUUUAUUCUUUUAAUGUAUGUGAUGGUAAAUCUCCUUGUCCAAGUUUGUGCUUCAUUGCCUCAAGCGUAUAAAAGAAAUUUGUAUAUAUAUUAAAAUUUUAACAAAAUCACAGUCUUUUUAUAUAUUUGAAGUUGGAACAUAAAAAUACAUUAAUUUUUAUAUCGUAAUUAAUAUUUAUAUUUCGAUUAAAAUGCUUUGUGUAUGAAAGCAUUAUGUACAAAAUACAUUAAUAAUUAUGCAUAUAUUCUAAAGAAUCACGAUCUCGUGUAAAAAUGUAUAAAUAUCCUAUGUAAAAUGGGCUCCAAAUUUUAAGUACUCUUAAAUAAAAAUAUUUGGCAUAUA